GCCCGGCGCCCCGCCAUGGCCUCCUCGUCCGGCGCGCUGCCGCCGCCCCGCCGCUCGCGCCCCGGCCCCUGGCCCCCGGCGCCGCCGCCGCAGCCGCAGGCGCAGCCCCUCUCCUGGGCCAAGCGCACCGGCUUCCAGCCCCGCGUCUCCGGCGAGUCCAGCGCUGCCGCCUCCGCCCCGAGCUCCGGGCAGGCCCCGCUCCCCCGCCCGCCCGGCGCCCCCGCCGAUCUGGAGUCCGGCCCACCGGCCCGGCCCAACCCCGCCCUGCCGCCCCCUCCCGCCGCCGCUGCGACCAAUGCCAAGCAGCAGCAGCCACAGCCGCCGCCACAGCAGCGACAGCAACCACAACAACCUCCCGCAGCGCCUCCCGCGAGGGCGCGCAGGAGGGAUUCGGAUGGAGGAAGGCCGAACGGGCAGCCGGCCGCGGCGCCGCUGCCGCAGCUGCAGGAGGAAGAGGAUGCACCGGAGCGGCCGGCGCACGUGAAGUACGAGCUCCGUGACAGUCCUGGAAUAUUUCCAGUAGUGAUAUACGGGUUCCAGCAUUACAUCUCCAUGCUCGGGUCGAUCAUCCUGGUCCCGCUCGUGAUGGUUCCUGCAAUGGGUGGCUCAGCCGACGACACGGCAGCGGUGGUGUCGACGGUGUUGCUAGUCUCGGGAUUAACCACAUUGUUGCACACAUUGUUCGGAACGAGGUUGCCACUUGUGCAGGGGCCAUCCUUUGUGUACCUUGCCCCCGCGCUUGCAAUUAUCAACUCCCCUGAAUUCUUUGGGCUCAAUGACAAUAACUUUAAACACAUUAUGAAGCACCUGCAGGGAGCUAUCAUAAUAGGAGGUGUAUUCCAAGUGCUGCUGGGAUAUACAGGCCUCAUGUCACUAUUUCUAAGGUUGAUAAAUCCAAUUGUCGUCUCACCAACGGUUGCAGCUGUUGGACUUUCGUUUUUCAGUUAUGGGUUCACUAAAUUAGGGUCAUGUAUAGAGAUGGGCCUCCUGCAAUUAAUGAUGGUCAUUAUCUUUGCACUAUACCUUCGAAAAAUAAAGUUAUUUGGCUACCGGGUUUUUUUAAUUUAUGCGGUUCCUCUUGGUCUAGGAAUCACAUGGGCUGUUGCUUUUGCUCUGACAGCGAGUGGAGUUUACAGCUACAAAGGUUGCGAUGCAAAUAUUCCUGCUUCAAACAAUAUAUCAGCCUUUUGCCGGAAGCAUGUAUUGAGGAUGAAAUCUUGCCGUGUAGACACUUCACAUGCCUUGAGAGUUUCUCCUUGGUUCAGAUUUCCGUACCCGUUGCAAUGGGGCACUCCAGUUUUCAAUUGGAAAAUGGGCCUUGUGAUGUGUCUUGUAUCAGUUAUUGCAUCAGUUGAUUCUGUUGGUUCCUACCAUGCGUCAUCUUUGUUUGUGGCAACAAGACCACCAACAGCUGGAAUUGUUAGCAGGGGUAUAGGCGUUGAGGGUAUCUCCACAGUCUUGGCUGGCCUGUGGGGAACAGGAGUUGGGUCAGCAACAAUAACAGAAAAUGUACAUACGAUCGCUGUGACUAAAAUGGGUAGCCGCAAGGCAGUUGGAUUUGGUGCUAUUGUACUUAUACUUCUCUCUCUUGUUGGAAAAGUUGGUGCUUUCAUUGCUUCCAUCCCUGAUGUUAUGGUUGCUGCUCUCCUUUGUUUCAUGUGGGCCAUUCUCUGUGCUCUUGGCUUGUCCAAUCUUCGUUAUGGUGCCACAGGAAGCUCGAGAAACAGUAUUGUAGUUGGGCUAGCAUUGUUUUUAUCCCUAUCAGUUCCUUCAUACUUCCAACAGUACGGAUUACUUCCGAACACAAACUCAUCAGUUCCAACCUACUUUCAGCCAUACAAUGUUGCAUCACAUGGGCCUGUAGACACUGGAUUUGGUGGGGUAAACUACGUCCUCAAUACGGUACUGUCACUCAAUAUGGUGAUUGCGUUUCUGGUUGCUGUCAUUCUCGACAAUACUGUCCCUGGCGGACGCCAAGAGCGCGGCUUGUAUGUAUGGUCAGAAGCAGAGGAGGCGACAAGAGAACCAUCCUUCUUGAAAGACUAUGAACUUCCUUUCAAGAUAGGGCGGGCGUUCUGGUGGGUCAAAUGCAUGGGCCUAUAGCAUGCCUGUGACUCUCCAGAGUUUGAAUGGAUCUACUUGCGAAAUCACACGCGAAAGAAAUGGAGCCUCUCAUGUUCCAUGACGGACCGUUUCCCCAGCAGAGGUACUGAGUGUAUAUUCCGAAGAAUUGCUCCUUAGGUUAGUUCUCUUGUCCUGACGCUUGACGCGUGGGACGAAUUUUCCUAGUAUUAUUAUCUUGACUAGUGUGUAUUAUAAUUGAGGGAUUUUGCUCUUCCGAUAUUAGUAGCUUUAGGGGGUAUGAUAUGUAUAUGUGGAUGCGGUAAGUGGUCUGAAGUAAGCCUGGGCUCCGAUCGACCUAUUAGGCUUAUAUUUACAGGAAUCAAAUAUCUGACUUCCAACGUGGUCAAA